ACAAACUGUGGAGCGGCAUGCGCUUCAGAAGAAGUUUACCGCUGAUAGUCAGAUUCAUUGAGUUAAUCAAUGGCUGCAUUCAGUUUAAAUCCUCACGUGAGGUGUCUUUCUUAGACAAUUCUCAAAUGAUAGGCACAUAUCAAGGAUCUUCCAAACAAGGGCUUUUCGGCGUGUGUGCUCCAAGAUGUAACAAUGACAUAAGAUGUAACGCUAUUGACAUCUGCUUUGAAAAUUUGAAGUGCAAAUUAAUCAGUGGUAGGACACCACUGACGCCAGGAAACGUCUCUGAAGGAGUGUGUAAACGAUUCCAAAUGCAAGGUUGUCCAGAUGGAUAUUUUUUUGACAGAAAAGAAAAUAUUUGCAUCGCUCACAACUAUUGCAACUUUGAGAGUGACCCAGAGUUGACAUGUUUUCUUUCCGAAAGUCUUUCUGACGAAUUUAACUGGACCAUCCAUGCGAAUUCUACACCAUCCUUCAACACAGGUCCUUCCUCUGCUGUUAAUGGAUCAUACUACAAAUACAUUGAAACAUCAAGAGGAGAAGGUUAUCGUACUUACAUAUCUGGUCAAAGGGCGAUUCUCGAAAGUUUCAUGAAAUUUUCAGAUAUAACCUACUGCCUUGCGAUGUACUACCACAUGUACGGAGGCUACAUAAACACUCUCACCAUCAGAACUCAGAAAGGGAACAACACCGCCAUAGACCGCUGGAAAUUGUCUGGUAACCAAGGUGAUGCCUGGCAUCAUUUGUCAGGGGUCAACCUUCCUUUGGACUCCCAAACAAAAAUCAUCAUUGAAGCAACAAAGGGGGCUUACUAUGAAGGGGACAUUGCAAUUGAUUCCAUCGAGUUGUUGCCGUUGGCAUGUCCUUAGAAAGUAACAGAGUGACCAAACUUAUCUUUUAUGCGCUUUUGAUUUAUUUUACUCAUUUUUAUUAUUUGAUUUGUAAAAUAAACAUUUUAAAUUUCGUAUAACUAAGUGUUCUUUUGCGCAUUUGGCGUGAGUUGGCUUAGUAAAGAUUUAUCAGAUAUUUCAUUGGUUUUUUGACUUGUAAGUAUUUCUUUUUAUCAAAUAGUAAGCGGCCAGUUGGAUCAUAUGUUUCAUUGCAAUUUAUUAAUCAAUUCAUUUUCAAAGUUUUGUGAUUUUCUUUGUGUUUUUGCAGUCAAAUAUUACAUGUAUUUUCAUAUAUUAAAACCGUUGGAUCUAAUUUGCAUAUUUAAAGUACCAUAUAACAGAAACGUUAUCUGUAGAUAAAAUAACGCAACGAUGUUAUGUUAUCGUCACCAUUUGUAUCUGUUGUAACUUGAAUUCAGUUAUUUCGAUUCGUAACUUUUUUCUAUCAUUUUGAACCUCGAAAUACAUAUAAUAUAAAUGACCAUCUGUCUAUCUGCUCUUCUACACUUUACACUCCUCAUAUGAACAAGCAUUCUGAGAGUAUUGCAUAAGGAAUACAAGUCUUCUACCAGCAUCACAAAUUUAAAACAUUUGUAUUUUCAUGUGCUAAAUG